GCCUCGACCAUGCGCAGAUAUUUCAAAUACAAGUAGAAGCCGCUUGCUGGCUACCUGAAAAAUAAAUUCUUUUUACACACAAAAGAUCAGGCAACAUGUUGCUUCAGCUCGUCCGAUUCACACUGCUACCAUCCUUGACGCUCGCUGCUCCCGCAGUCGCGCAACUCCGCCAGCAUGUUUCUAAUGCUGGCGCUUCUCGUCAAUAUCUGAGCUACAUGAUGUCAACCCAGUCUGCGUCUCUACCGAAGAAAAGACAUGAGAUUUGCUGGAUCAUACUGUGGCACAAGAACUUCACGGUAGCCAACAAACCGGCAGUGACUGGGCUAGACGAUAUCAUCCAGGGAACAGCUACGACCAUGCUGUAUGACUUCGAUGACUCUCAGCUUGAGCAACUGACACGUGGUAUCGAGGCCCCAAUUUGUGAAUUUGCAUUUAUCCGUUUGUCGCCAGUGGCCCCAUUGUCUGACCCUGGCUUGCGUACUUCAAUGCACAAGACAUACACCGACUGCUAUAAAAUGCAGGGAUUUAUCAGUGGCCAGUGGGCAUACUCCAUCGAUGCCAAUCACCCCGAUGGCAUCCCACUCUCGGACAACACCCUCCUCAAACCAGAUGACAGGCGCUUAGCCCUGUACUUCCUUGGAUGGGAGAGCAUAGAGUUGCAUCAAGAUGCAUGUUUGACUCCCCUUUUCGCGGAGGAGAUUGAUAAAUUACAGCCAUGGUUCUAUCCUGGUAGUGGUGCAUGGUAUAACACAUUUCGGCAGUAUGAUUGAGUAUACAACUGCCUAAGUAGCCAGUUAGCAUAGCAGUAUAUCAUUCAAUUCGAGAACAUGAGUUAACUCAAAUCUCAUUGCUUAGGAAAAUAGUAAGUGAGGAAGAGAUCUAUGAUUUCUAUCUCGACAAACACCGGAGACAACGUGUUCUCGUAAGCAUAUAAGUCAAUGGAGAGAAUAACCGCCGAUAUAGUAGAAGAGAAAUAGUCGAAGAAAGGUAAAGUAUGGCGACAAAUCCAAUAUCAGCCAACAUAAGUUACACGAAGAUAGAAGGUGAAAUAGGUCAUCCCGUUAUAUAGCGACCAAUCCAGGCAGAACGGGUAUAUGCAGGCGUAGAUUGCGUAAUAAAAACUAGACGGUCACCGCGAAGGGAUAAUCCUUUUCCAAGCGGGUUAUGUUAUGUACAUAGAAAAGAAAUCGGACCGAAUUCCAUAAGCACUAAACCAGAGCAGACUCCUAGAAUUGGUUUGAAGUGGAAGGGCACUGGUGGAUUCAAGCGUCAACACCAGGCAUCUUAUCGGUAGCAAGAAGGAUCUCCGGUUCCAGGAUGGAAUUAGGGCAGAUAUUCUGGUUUGCAUAGUUGUGAUACCGAGCAAGAAUAUCGGUCUUGGCAAGAUUCUUCUGGGGUCCAAAAGAGAAAUGGGCUACUACCGAUGUGGUCUCAACCAAAACAG